ACGACCAACAACAUCUCCCGCGACCACCACCUUUUUGUCUCCCUAAUAUCGCCUAAAUCGCCCAUCGCCAUCAUGAGCAGCACAGAGGCCAACCCAGCUGUCCAGAAAGCGGCGAGGUGGUAUCCGGCCGACGAUACUCCCCUGCGCAAGAAGGCGAGGAAGAGUCAACAUCCCACCAAGAUCCGUGCUUCGCUCAAGCCUGGCGCGGUCGUGAUCGUCUUGGCUGGAAGAUUUCGCGGAAAGCGAGCGGUGGUCCUCGGACACUCCAAGGAUGCCGUCAUCGUGACCGGCCCCUUCAAGAUCAACGGUGUCCCUAUCCGCCGAGUCAACGCCAGAUACGUGAUCGGAACCUCGACGACCGUCGACAUCUCCAAGCUCGACAAGUCGGUACUGGAAAAGGUCACCAAGCCUGAAUACUUUGCCCGGGAAAAGAAGAGCAAGAAGGAGAAGGGCGAGGAUGCCUUUAUGAAGCAGGGAGAGAAGCCAGAGAAGAAGCAGCCUACGUCUGAGCGUGCAUCCGACCAAAAGGCCAUCGACAAGCCUCUCCUCUCCGCCAUCAAGAACGAGGAAUUCCUCGCCAGCUACCUGCGAUCAAGCUUCAGCCUGAGACACGGCCAACGACCCCACGAGAUGGUCUUCUAAACCACACCAAUCAAUCGUCCAGGGCGUGACGUAAAAAGACGAUGCUGAUCUGGAGAGAGUCACGGAAGGGGGACGUGGUAGAAAGGCGUUUGUUGUCUGCUUGCACGAUGAUAUUCAAGCACCUGCUUCAAGGGAAAAAAACAGAAAAAUUAAAACCAUGUGACAAGCCACUCCAUGCGUGACCAUGAAGAAAGAAUUUCCAUGGCCCAUGCCGAUCUGAGCUGUUGGGUGUGUAAAUGGUCAAGAACCGAGUUUCUGACGGGUUGAUUCUGCACACAAAGAUGAUGCUUCGGGUCCAGUUUCAGAAAUCUUCGAGCCUAGACAAAAUGAUAAGCGACAUGAAAUCUGUCUUGCGUUUGCGGUGACAGUGUUGACUCGUGAUUAUUGAGAUUGUCGUGACGGCGAAGUGACCAAGCAUCCGUGAAACCAAGGAAAACCAACGAGGGUAUCAUCAUUCAAACGUGCUCGCUAUACGUGAUCAUUCUUAAAAGAAAUCGGCCACGACUCGCGUUGCCAAUCC